CAAAUUAUCCCUUCUGUUCCAGGCCUGAUGGACACCAGAAUAACUUGAGGAGUUCUGCAUAUGAAUCCUUGAUGGAAAUAGUGAAAAACAGUGCCAAGGACUGUUAUCCUGCUGUCCAAAAAACAACCCUGGUCAUCAUGGAGCGGCUCCAGCAAGUGCUGCAGAUGGAGUCUCACAUCCAGAGCACCUCAGACAGAAUCCAGUUCAACGACCUCCAGUCCCUCCUGUGCGCGACUCUCCAGGUGAGUGUCCCGCUGUCCCCCUGGGAUUUUUAUGGGAAUGGGAUGGCUCUGGGGGUGUUCCUGUGCCCCUGAGGAACCAGGCUCGGG